AUGCGUCCUGAAGUGGGGUGGCACGCUGGCAGAGUUAAAAAAUGGCGGCGGCGAUUCGGAUUCGGGCGAUGGCAGCUGGAACGAGGCUCAGAGUUCUGAACUGCGGCCUCCGCACCACAAUCCGCAGCCUUUGCAGCCAGCCGGUCUCAGUUAACGAGCGCAUCGAAAACAAGCGCCAUGCCGCGCUGCUGGGAGGAGGCCAGCGACGCAUCGACGCACAGCACAAGCGAGGAAAGCUGACAGCCAGGGAGCGGAUCAGUCUCCUGCUGGAUCCUGGCAGCUUCGUGGAGAGUGACAUGUUUGUGGAACACAGGUGUGCCGACUUCGGAAUGGCUGCCGAGAAGAAUAAGUUUCCUGGAGAUAGUGUGGUCACUGGACGGGGCAGAAUCAAUGGACGAUUGGUUUAUGUCUUCAGUCAGGAUUUUACAGUUUUUGGAGGCAGUCUGUCAGGCGCACAUGCUCAGAAGAUCUGCAAAAUCAUGGACCAGGCCAUAACAGUGGGGGCUCCAGUGAUCGGACUCAAUGACUCCGGGGGCGCCAGAAUCCAGGAGGGGGUGGAGUCCUUGGCUGGCUAUGCAGACAUCUUCCUGAGGAAUGUCACAGCGUCCGGAGUCAUCCCUCAGAUUUCUCUGAUCAUGGGCCCAUGCGCUGGUGGGGCCGUCUACUCCCCCGCCCUGACAGACUUCACAUUCAUGGUGAAGGACACGUCCUACCUGUUUAUCACUGGCCCUGAAGUUGUGAAGUCUGUUACCAAUGAAGACGUGACUCAGGAGCAGCUGGGUGGUGCCAAGACCCACACCACUGUGUCAGGUGUGGCCCACAGAGCUUUCGACAAUGACGUCGAUGCUCUGUGUAACCUGCGUGAAUUCUUCAACUUUCUGCCCCUCAGCAACCAGGACCCGGCUCCCAUCCGAGAGUGCCAUGACCCCAGUGACCGUCUGGUUCCUGAGCUGGAUACAGUUGUCCCUUUGGAGUCAAGCAAAGCCUAUAACAUGCUAGACAUCAUACAUGCAGUGAUUGACGAGAGAGAGUUUUUUGAGAUAAUGCCCAAUUAUGCAAAAAACAUUGUCAUUGGCUUUGCAAGAAUGAAUGGGAGGACCGUUGGAAUUGUUGGCAACCAGCCCAACGUGGCUUCAGGGUGCCUGGACAUUAAUUCAUCUGUGAAGGGGGCUCGCUUUGUCAGAUUCUGUGAUGCUUUCAGCAUUCCUCUCAUCACUUUCGUUGAUGUCCCUGGCUUCCUGCCUGGCACAGCGCAGGAAUAUGGAGGCAUCAUCCGGCAUGGUGCCAAGCUGCUCUACGCCUUUGCCGAGGCCACCGUGCCCAAAAUCACGGUCAUCACCAGGAAGGCCUAUGGAGGUGCCUAUGAUGUCAUGAGCUCCAAACACCUUCUUGGUGAUACCAACUAUGCCUGGCCCACAGCUGAGAUUGCAGUCAUGGGUGCAAAGGGUGCCGUGGAGAUCAUCUUCAAAGGACACCAAGACGUGGAAGCCGCCCAGGCAGAGUAUGUGGAAAAGUUUGCCAAUCCUUUCCCUGCAGCCGUGAGAGGUGGGUCUGGUGGGGACCAGGUGUUGUCCAUCUGCCCAGUCAUUUGCUUGUUCUUUCUAGAAAGUCUCACACAGUUGCCUUUUGUCUUUGUAGUUGUAUCUGUUCCUUGGGGAGUGAUGGGGCUAUCCCUGGGCAGGAGGAGUUGGGUCUGCACAGUAGGCCUAUGCAGGCUGCUGGUAGUGUGCUGUUUUUAGGUGUUGGUCCAGUCAUCCAGCCCACCCCAGACCACCUCUCUUCCUCUCACUGUGUUCUGGGCUUAGCUAGCUGGUUCUUUGGGUUUUGCUGGGGUUCUCAUGGUUGCAGUCAGCUGCUGGAUUGACAGUCCAAGAUAGCCUCCCUACCCUUUCAAGGUAAUGUUGGCCGCUGGCUGGUCCUUCCUCACUUCUCUAGACUAGUCCAGGCUUGUGCCAGUUCUUGGUGUCCAAGAAUAGCUAAAAAGGAAGGGAGCUUAUGCCCAGACGCCUGGACUUGGGAAUUCCUGGUGUUAAGUUUUGUCACAUUGUAUUGGUAAAUGCUAGUCACCAGGGCAGGAAGACCCCAUGGAGGAAGCAAGAUUGACUGUACAAGGACCCAUGGGCAGGGAUGGAGAAGUUGUGAGUGGUUUUCUUGGUUUUUUAAAAACUUUUUGUUUUAUCAUGUAUUUGUCUGUGUAUGUAUGAUGUGUGUGUGUGCCUGCGCAGGCCAGAAGAGGGCAUCGGCUCCCUUUGAGCUGGGGGUAGAGACAGUUCUGAACUGCCUGGUGCAGCUUUAGUGAUCCCAAUUCAGGCCCUCUAGAAGAGCAGUGGUGCUCAUAACUGCUGAGCCAUCUCUCCAGCCCUGUGUAUGUUUUCUUAAUUUUAUUUCCUAUCGUGUCUCUCCUGGCAGGGUGGAGGCCCUGGAUUGAUGCAGGAGAGGCCACAUUUUCCUUGCAUUGCCUAAUGCUUUAUGCCAGAGGUUGGGAGCCUGGAAGAGCAGGGAGGCCUCAGGGGUCCUAAGAGUUUUAAGAGCCUGGUGUUUCUGCCCAGUCAAGCGCUGCCCGCACUGUUGGCCCAUGGGGCUGCGCUGUGGCUGGGAUGGUUGACUUCAGUCACACACAGUGAUGGCCUUGUCUUGGACUCACCAGGGUUCGUGGAUGACAUCAUCCAGCCGUCCUCUACUCGUGCUCGGAUAUGCUGUGACCUGGAAGUCCUGGCCAGCAAGAAGGUCCAUCGUCCUUGGAGGAAGCAUGCCAAUGUCCCACUGUGAAGAGAUCAAAAGAAGAGAGCAACAGUGGAGAAGCUGGCCUUUUGCAGCCUACCCCUGCCUUCUACAAUCAUGAAAGAACGGAUCUACAUACCUUGGACACUGAUUGAAUUGCAUAAAGAGUUCUUGUGCCUGGAGAAAAAUUAUGUGCUCUAUUAAAAUCUUCACUGGUGCUUUCUGAA